AUGUUUGUUCAUGUAGAAGCUCUUUUUGGAAGUGAGUCAUCUUCAAGUGAAGAUGAAGAAGAUCUUGUGCAGAGGCGUCGAGAAGAAUGUGAGCGGAAAGCUCGCCGUGGUGAAAUGGAUCCACGGCUCGAGUAUACCUUUCAAUUAUUAAUUGAUGCAACAGGACUUCCUAGACAUGAGAUUAUGGAUCAUGUGUUUGAGGGAAAUAUGUUGGAUGAAAUCAAUCAGCUAUUUUUACCAAAUAUGAGGAAAAGAUUAAUAUGGUUUUAUCAAGAAGUUCCUGACGAAGAUGAAGACCCAGUUGACCUAACAGUAACAUCACCAACUACUUCGGGAGCGGUGUCAUCAACACCCCCUGGUGUGGCUUUAUCAGCAACACCAGAGGAAGAUACAAACACAGCACAUAAAAAGCUAUUUUUAACUGAUGGCUAUGAUACAGCACUAAAUGGAAUUUGUAUUUAUAUGUUUCGUAUUAAUACAUCUAAACAAUUGCCAGAAGAAGGUUUUCAAAAAGAUCUAUACUGUGGUAUAUUGGAUGCAGAGAAAAUUGGUUUAGUCACGUGUAUUGAACGUAUUAUGGAAGUGGUAUUUAUGGAAGCAUUAGCAUAUCCAGCAUUAGAUGUUGACGAUGAUGACUGUUCAUGUCCAAUGAUUAAAAAUCAGUUAUUACCUGGAUUAAGAUCAUUUUGUAGUGCGUUAAAAGUUUGUGAAGAAGUUUGCAAAGAAGAAAAUGUCUUAGAAAUUGAAGAAAUAAUUGUAUCAAAUUUAGAUGGUGAACAAUUACGCGAAGCUGCAUUCACACCAGAAACAAUUAAACGUUUAGAAGAGCGAGUAAUGAAUUGGGCAAAACGCAUAUCAGAUUUAUUACAUGAAAGUGAACAACUACGACAAGAAAAUCAUUCUUCUGGGCCACAAGAUGAGCUGGAAUAUUGGAAAAAACGUGCUGCGCAAUUUUCACAAUUAGUUAAACAAUUGCAACAUUUAGAAAUACAACGUAGUUUAUUAUGCUUACAUAUAUCUAGAUCAAGAGUUUUCAAAUAUUGGAAAACAUCUAUUGAUAAGAAAAUUACUCUUUGUUAUAAUGAAGCCAAAGAUAAUGCUAAAUAUAUUGAAGCAAUGGAGAAAUGUUGUCAUUCAUUAUAUUUAGAUGAACCAACAAACAUGAAAGAUUCAAUUUUGGGUAUGUUACAAACUGUUAGACUUAUACAUAGUGUGUCACAGUUCUACAAUACAUCUGAAAGAAUAUCCUCUUUAAUGGUUAAAAUUACAAAUCAAAUGAUCGAAACAUGUAAACAAUAUAUAACAUCACGUGGCAAAGAUACUAUUUGGUCACAAGAUCGAGAUGUAGUACAAGAAAAAAUAUUACAUUGUAUCAAUUUAAAUCGAGUGUACCGACGUACAUAUACGAUUGUCAAAUCUCAGCCUUUUAUUCGUGGAGCAGAACCAUUAAACUUCUCCGAAAACUACGUCUUUGGAAAAUUUGAUACAUUCUGUAAUCGUCUAUCAAAAAUUAUUGCUAUGUUCAAACUAGUUGAUGAUUACACAAAAUUAUUUGAAAAGCGUGUUGAAGGCCUCCUUCUAGGUGAAACAUUGGAAGAUGUUUUACAAAUCUUUGAUGAAACCAAAAAAGUUGUUACAUCGAAACAAUAUGAUUAUUUGGAUCAACGUAACACAGAAUUUGAUAAAGAUUUUACAACGUUUACAAAACGUAUCAAUGAAUUAAAAGAUAAAUUAUGUGAUUUAAUUGAAGUGAAUUUUUCUACGGUUUGGGAAACACCACAGGGAUUACGCUUUUUACCUCGUUUUGAAAAAGUUAGUGAAAAAGUUCCACUAACUGAUAUGAAUGAUAAAUAUGAUCGUGUUUUAAGGUAUUGCGAUCACGAAACAGAUCGUAUAUUGAAAUUAUUUAAAAAACAACGUGAUAAUCCACCACUAGCUAGAAAUUAUCCACCAAUAGCUGGACGAAUUAGAUGGUGUCGAUCAUUACAGAUACAUUUAAAAGAAUUAGUGGACAGUAUAAGUUCCCAUCCUGUUCUGAGUACAAAACCUGCAACGUCCGAUAUUUUAAAACGUUAUGACGUAACGUCAGAGACAUUAAAAAAUUAUGAGAAUGAGAUGUUAGCCAUUUGGAUGGAUCAAAAUGUUUGUGAAGCUGAUGUAUGGUUAACACAACCAUUGUUAAAGCUAGAUCAACAAACAGGAUGUAUACGUGUCAAUUAUUGUACUGGAAUUGCGUUAGUUAUACGUGAAGCUGAUUGUUUGGCAAAAUUGAAUUUAGCAAUGCCAAUUGUUGCACGAACGUUAUUAACAAAGCGUGAACAUUUUGAAAAAAUUAAUAAUUAUUUACAUUACAUGGUAAAAAGAUUUUUAACAACUGUUAAAUCGGUAAAAUUAGAAGUACGUCCAUUAUUUUUACCUCAUUUGUUACGCUUGUCUUCAAUGUUAACACCUGCAUUUCAAUCCUUAAAUUGGGCUGGAAGGAAAUGGGAACCUUUUGUUGAAAAAACUAUUGAGGCUAUUAAUAAUUUUGAAAUAUUGAUGAAUCGUGUUCAUGAUGUCUACUCAAAUCGAAUACUCGAAGUUCUAGCAACAAUGCAAGAAGUAACAUUACAUGCAUUACCUGCAAAUGGUGAACAAUGGACUAUUGAACAAUUUAUCGAACAAUCUGAAGUCAUAAGCCGUACAUCAGCAUCUACAUUACACCGUAAAAGUUUAAUGGUAGAAGAAGCAGUUGAAGAAAUUUUACAAUUAGUGAAAAAUGCAGCAAAAUAUUUUGAAAGUGAACAACCUUCAGAGCUUGAUGCAUUGUUUCAACCAGAUGCAAAUCAAGAUAGCAAUAAAUCAAUGGAUGUUGAUAAUAAUCAGACGUCUAAUCAAAAUCAAGAUUGGAGUCAAGUUUAUCAAUGUUUUGAACAACCACACAUUUUAGUAACUGGUGGUGCAGGUGUACCAAAAGCUAUACGUGAUUUAGUUCGAAAUGCAGCAAAUGAAAUGCGACGCUACUACAGUCGUAAAGUUAUUGAUGUAUUAAUAAAAGUUACACGAAACUCUUUGGAGAUCAUACGUAAAAAAUUUUUACCACCUGAAUCUAAUGAACCGUUAUUUAUUGUACAUGCAAUAUUAAAUAUACCAAAUAUAUGCUUAAAACCAAAAUUAGACGAAGUGCAGGAAGCUUUAGUGAUUGCUAGUAAACAUAUUACUGGAGUAUCACGAGGCGUAGGUCAAUGGACCGGGGCUAAAACUAAACAGCGUCCAACUUGGAAGAAACUUGCUGGACGCAAAUCUCAAGCAAUAUUAGAAGUUGUCUCUCGACUGGAGCAGGCUAGUGAAAAUGUUGGCGGCGUUCAAGGCGGCGGCCAUCAUCAUCACCGUGUUCAUCAACAAAACUCUCAACAAAUACCACGUGAAGGAAUUCGUGUGUUUCGUAAACGCUUUUAUCGUAUGGCAGAUGACAAAGAACCAGAAUUUCCAUUCCAACAACGUAAUUUUUAUAAUCAAAUUAUGGAGAAUAAGGAAAUUUUAAAGUCAGUUACAUUAAUUACAACAUGUACUGAUAAUAUUAAAAAAGAUAUAAAUGAUUUUAUGAAUCGUUUCAAACCAUAUUCAUUUUUAUGGCGUAAUGAGAAAAAUAAACGCGAAAUGUUGGCAGCUGGUUUAGCUGAUUUUGAUCGUUGGUUACGAAGACAUAGUGAACUUGAAGCACGUUUAGAAACUGAACCACAAACAAUUGGAUUUUAUAACAGUUUAAAAGUAUCUGCAGAUAAAUUAAAAAGUGCAUUAUUACUUGAAAUUAAAAAUUCCACGCAAAGGAUUGGUCUGGUAAUGAAGAAAAAAUAUCGUCGCGAAAUGGAUUACGUCUAUGCAGUAAUGGGUGAAAUGCAACGUAAAUUAGAACGGCAAAUAAAAGAUUUAGAUGAUGUACGUGUAAUUAUGGAUACAUUAGGUAAAAUACGUCAACAAGAGGUUGAUAUGGAACUACGCAUUGAUCCAAUUGAGGAAGCAUUUAAUAUAUUAUCGAGACAUGAUAUACAAAUUGAACGUGAAGUAAUGGAACAAGUGGAUAAUUUACGUUACUCAUGGCGUACAUUACAAAAUCGUGCGCAAUCUGUACAUGCAGGUCUAUUAGCAAUGCAACCAGGAUUAGAACAAGAAUUGAAAGAUAAUUUAGAAUUGUUUCGUAUUGAAAAAGAAACAUAUUGUUUUGAAUAUGAAAAUGCUGGACCAAUGCAAACAGGUUUAUCGCCUAGAGAUGCAUCUGACCGUUUAAUACUAUUUCAAAAUCGUUUUGAUGGUAUGUGGAGAAAAUUACAAACAUAUCAAAAUGGCGAAGAAUUAUUUGGUCUGGAUGUGACUGAUUAUCCAGAAUUAGGACAAAUACGUAAAGAACUAAAUUUAUUACAAAAAUUAUAUAAAUUAUAUAACGAUGUAAUCGAUCGCGUGAGUAGCUAUUAUGAUAUACCUUGGAGUGAAGUAAAUAUUGAAGAAAUUAAUAAUGAAUUAAUGGAAUUCCAAAAUCGUUGCCGUAAAUUACCAAAAGGUUUAAAAGAAUGGCCGGCGUUCUUUGCAUUAAAGAAGACAAUUGAUGAUUUUAAUGAUAUGUGUCCAUUAUUGGAAUUAAUGGCAAAUAAAGCAAUGAAACCACGUCAUUGGCAACGUAUUAUGGAUGUGUUACAUCAUACGUUUGAUUUAGAAAAUGAAGGAUUCUGUUUAAAAAAUAUAUUGGAAGCUCCAUUAUUAAAAUACAAAGAAGAUAUUGAGGAUAUUUGCAUAUCGGCAAUGAAAGAAAAAGAUAUUGAAGCGAAAUUACGACAAGUAACAACAGAAUGGACAAGUCACGAACUAACCUUCAUGACAUUUAACAAUCGUGGUGAACUGCUGUUGCGUGGUGAUACGACCGCUGAAAGUAUUGGCCAACUAGAAGAUAGUUUAAUGAUAUUAGGUUCUCUAAUGUCCAACCGUUACAAUGCACCAUUCAAAAAACAAAUAACACAUUGGGUACACGAUCUGUCCAAUACAAAUGAAAUUCUAGAACGGUGGUUACUUGUACAAAAUAUGUGGGUAUACUUAGAAGCCGUAUUUGUGGGUGGUGAUAUUGCAAAACAAUUACCAAAAGAAGCGAAACGUUUUUCAAAAAUUGAUAAAUCUUGGCAAAAAAUUAUGCAACGAGCACAUGAAACACCCGGUGUUGUAUCGUGUUGUAUUGGUGAUGAUAUGUUAAAACAAUUGUUGCCGCAUUUGCAAGAACAAUUGGAGUUGUGUCAAAAAUCUUUGAGUGGAUAUUUGGAAAAGAAACGUACAAUGUUUCCACGAUUCUUUUUUGUGUCAGAUCCAGCUUUAUUGGAAAUACUUGGUCAAGCAUCUGAUUCACAUACAAUACAAAACCAUUUGUUGUCAAUAUUUGAUAACACACGUUGGGUAAAAUUCCAUGAUGCCGAAUACAAUAAAAUGACUGCAAUUAUCUCAUGUGAAGGAGAAACAAUACCAUUAGAGCGUGCUGUACGAGCUGAGGGUUCCGUUGAAACAUGGUUAACAGCGUUAUUAGUUACCGCUCAACAAUCAUUGCAUGGUAUCAUUCGGACAGCGUACACAAUGAUCAAUGAUCCAAAUUUUCAAUUGUUAAUAUUUUUGGACAAAAUGCCAGCACAAGUGGGUUUACUUGGCAUACAAAUGAUAUGGACUCGAGAUGCUGAAUUAGCAUUGAUGCAAGCACGUGGAGACAAAAAAAUUAUGGCUGAUACAAAUAACAAAUUUUUGGAACUGUUAAAUACGCUUAUUGACCAAACUACGCGUGAUUUAACGAAAAUUGAACGCACAAAGUUUGAAACAUUGAUCACAAUUCAUGUUCAUCAACGAGAUAUUUUUGAUAUAUUGUGUCGAAUGAAUAUCCGCUCUGCAAAUGACUUCGAAUGGUUAAAACAAUGUCGAUUCUAUUUCAAAGAAGAAUUGGAUAAAACUUGGAUCUCAAUAACAGACGUAACAUUCAUUUAUCAAAACGAAUAUUUAGGAUGUACAGAUCGUCUCGUAAUUACACCAUUAACUGAUCGCUGUUACAUAACAUUAGCACAAGCUUUGGAUAUGAGUAUGGGUGGAGCACCUUGUGGGCCAGCUGGAACAGGUAAAACUGAAACAGUCAAAGAUAUGGGAAAAACACUAGCGAAAUAUGUUGUGGUAUUCAACUGUUCCGAUCAAAUGGAUUAUCGUGGUUUGGGACGAAUAUAUAAAGGCUUAGCGCAGUCUGGUUCAUGGGGUUGUUUUGAUGAGUUCAAUCGUAUUGAAUUACCUGUGUUGUCUGUGGCUGCACAACAAGUUGCUGUCGUCUUAGCUGCGAAACGUGAAAAACGUAAAGAAUUUCCAUUCACCGAUGGUGAUGUUAUUGAAAUGUGCCCUGAAUUUGGUAUAUUUAUUACAAUGAAUCCUGGCUAUGCUGGACGAAAAGAAUUACCAGAAAAUUUGAAAAUACAAUUUCGUACAGUUGCUAUGAUGGUCCCUGAUCGACAAAUUAUUAUUCGUGUGAAAUUGGCUAGUUGUGGAUUUUUAGAGAAUAUUACGUUGGCUAGAAAAUUUUAUACUUUAUAUAAAUUAUGUGAGGAACAGUUAACAAAACAGGUGCAUUACGACUUUGGACUACGUAACAUAUUAUCAGUUUUGCGAUCACUUGGUGCAGCGAAGCGAGUGAACUCCAAAGACACAGAGAGUACAAUUGUGAUGCGGGUAUUACGUGAUAUGAAUUUAUCAAAGUUAAUUGACGAAGAUGAACCGUUAUUUAUAUCUUUGGUGGCUGAUUUAUUUCCAAAUCAAGCAUUGGAGAAAACAGCUUAUCCACAACUGGAAGAAGCAAUUAGUGAAGAAACUGAACUUGCUAGUUUAGUUUAUCAUCCUCCAUGGGUGCUAAAACUCAUACAAUUAUAUGAAACGCAGCGAGUUCGUCAUGGAAUUAUGACAUUGGGACCAACUGGUGCGGGUAAAACAACAUGUAUUCAAGUAUUAAUGCGUUCAUUGUCAAAAAUUGGUAAUUUUCAUCGUGAAAUGCGAAUGAAUCCAAAGGCAAUAACUGCUGCACAAAUGUUUGGUCGAUUAGACGUCGCAACAAAUGAUUGGAAUGAUGGAAUAUUUUCAGCACUUUGGAGGAAAACUUUAAAAUUGAAAAAAGGUGAACAUGUAUGGCUAGUAUUAGAUGGCCCAGUGGAUAGUAUAUGGAUUGAAAAUUUAAAUUCCGUAUUAGACGAUAACAAAACACUAACACUAGCCAACGGUGAUCGUUUAGUAAUGGCACCUACCGUCAAGAUAAUCUUUGAACCGCAUAAUAUAGAUAAUGCAUCGCCAGCUACAGUAUCACGUAAUGGUAUGGUUUAUAUGAGUUCAAGUGGUUUAGAUUGGGAACCAGUUGUUGCUGCAUGGUUAAAAACACUUAAUAUCAAAUCUGAAGCUGAUGUUUUUCGAAUUUUGUUUGAGAAAUCAUUUGCACAAUUGUAUUCGUAUAUUACACAAAAUUUAACAUUAUCGAUAAAUGUGUUACAAUGCAAUAUUACGUUACAAAUUAUUAAUAUAUUAGAAGGUGUUAUUGCACAACAAUUAAUAAAACCAACGGAAGAAGAACCGAGUUCUGCACGUUCACCACGUGAUUUUGAUGAUGAAGCUGGCGACGGUGAAGAUGAAGAAGCUUUACGUAUUUUAACAUCGGAUCAUUUAGAGAAGAUUUACAUGUUUGCAUUAACAUGGAGUAUGGGUGCAUUAUUAGAAACCAAUGAUCGUUUAAAAUUUGAUCAGCAUUUGCGUGGAAAUUUUCAAUAUUUAGAUAUACCACCGGAUAAAAUUGAAAAUGAUUCUAGAAUUAAAACUAUUUUUGAUUAUGUUGUAAAUUAUAAUGGUAUGUGGGAACCAUGGUCCGCAUUAGUACCAGUUUAUGCGUAUCCAGAAAGUAGUACUCCAGAAUUUUCCACAAUAUUGGUGCCAAUUAUGGAUAAUGUUCGUAUUGAUUAUUUGAUAAAUAUUGUAUCGUCAGAACAUGUUUCAAAGCCUGUAUUGUUAGUCGGUGAACAAGGUUCGGCUAAAACUGUUAUGAUGAAAUCAUUUAUAAAAAAGGCAAAUCCUGAUUUAUAUUUAAAUCGUGCCUUUAAUUUUUCAUCUGCAACAAGUCCGUAUCAAUUUCAAAAAACAAUUGAAAGUUAUGUGGAAAAACGGAUGGGUAGUAUAUUUGGACCUCCGGGUGGUAAAAAAAUGUUAAUUUUCAUUGAUGAUGUUAAUUUACCGGAAAUUAAUGAAUGGGGUGAUCAAAUUACAAAUGAAAUUGUGAGACAAACAAUGGACAUGAAAGGGUUUUAUAGUUUGGAAAAACCAGGUGAUUUUACCAGUGUUGUUGAUAUUCAAUUUAUGGCAGCGAUGGGGCAGCCUGGUGGAGGACGUAACGAUAUUCCACAACGUUUAAAAAGACAAUUUGCAAUAUUCAAUUGUCCAUUACCUAGUAACGAAUCAAUCGAUAAAAUAUUUAGUGUGGUAGGCGAGGGUUAUUAUAAUGCCAAACGUGGUUUUACACUUACUGUACGGCAAUUGGUAAAAAAGAUGGUUACCCUAACACGAAUAAUAUGGCAACAAACACGUGCAGUUUUAUUACCGACUCCAGCAAAAUUUCAUUAUGUAUUUUCGCUGCGUGAUUUAUCACGAGUAUGGCAAGGCUUAGUCGGCACACUUUGCACAGUUAUCGAAUCUGAAGCUUGCUUGUUAAUUUUGUGGAAACAUGAAUGUAUGCGAGUAUUUUCCGAUCGGUUUACGACCCUAACAGAUCGUGACUGGUUUAUAAAGAAUCUUUUGACAUUAGUUGAAAACGAACUAGGUGUCAAUUAUAAAAAUUAUAUAACUGAAAAAGAUCCAGUAUUUGUAGAUUUCAUGCGAGAUGCACCUGAACCAACUGGAGAAGAAGGCGAGGACGCGGAUGCUGAGUUACCUAAAGUUUAUGAACCUGUGGAAGACUUACAAAUAUUACGUGAUCGCUUGGAUAUGUUCUUAGCACAGUUUAAUGAAAUGGUACGAGGUGCGGGAAUGGAUUUAGUAUUUUUCCCAGAUGCUAUGCUACAUAUUGUUAAAGUAUCACGAGUCAUCCGACACCCUCGUGGUAAUAUGAUGUUAGUUGGAGUUGGAGGGUCUGGUAAACAGUCAUUAACAAAACUUUCGUCGUUUAUAGCUGGAUACAAAUCAUUUCAAAUAACAUUAACCCGUUCAUAUAACAUUGCAAACUUUCUGGAAGAUUUAAAAGCUUUGUAUCGUACAUGUGGUGCCUCUGGAAAAGGAACAACUUUUGUAUUCACUGAUUUGGACAUAAAAGAGGAAGGUUUCUUAGAAUAUUUGAAUAACAUUUUAUCAUCCGGUGUCAUCUCGAAUUUAUAUACUCGUGAUGAACAACAAGAAAUUAUAGCUGAAUUAACUCCCAUCAUGAAACGUGAGAAUCCAAAACGUACACCCAACACUGAAGUAGUUAUGGAAUAUUUUAUGACUCGUACCUGUCAAAAUUUACAUGUAUGUUUUUGUUUCUCACCUGUUGGUGAAAAGUUCCGAAAUCGCGCUCUACGUUUUCCAGCAUUAGUCUCAGGCUGUACGCUGGAUUGGUUCCAACCAUGGCCACAAGAUGCAUUAGUUUCGGUUGCUAGACAUUUUCUUGCAGAAUUUAAGAUUGAUUGUACUGCUGAAGUGAAAGAGGAACUAGUGAACGCAUUGGGAUCAAUACAAGAUAUUGUGUCUCAAACAUCUGGAGAAUAUUUUCAAAGAUUUCGACGUGCAACUCAUGUGACACCGAAAUCUUAUUUAAACUUUAUUGGUGGUUAUAAAAAAAUCUAUCAGCAAAAACAAACUGAAUUGGGUCAAGGUGCUUUGAGAAUGGAUACUGGAUUGGAGAAAUUAGCUGAAGCAUCACUUUCUGUUGAACUAUUAAAGAAAGAAUUAGCAGUAACAGAACAAGAGUUAGGACAAGCAUCAGAAAAAGCUGCACUUGUACUUAGUGAAGUAACAGAACGUGCCGAAGAAGCUGAAAUUGUUAAGAAUCAAGUACAAAUUGUUAAAGAAAAAGCGGAAAUACUUGUUGCAACGAUUGCAAAAGAGAAAGCAUUAGCUGAACAGAAACUAGAAGCUGCAAAACCAGCAUUAGAAGAAGCCGAAGCUGCCUUAAACACAAUAAAACCUGCUCACAUAGCUACAGUUCGUAAAUUAGGUCGUCCGCCCCAUUUAAUCAUGCGUAUUAUGGAUUGUGUAUUGAUAUUAUUUCAACGAAAAUUACAUUCAACCAUCGCAGACGUUGCUGCCCCAUGUCCCAAACCAUCAUGGCCAGAAUCGUUAAAAAUGAUGGCGUCAACAACCUUUUUAUUGCAAUUACAAAAUUAUCCAAAAGAUGUCAUCAACAAUGAAAUGAUUGAUUUAUUGCAACCAUACUUCGAUAUGGAAGAUUAUAAUAUGGAAACAGCAAAACGUGUUUGUGGUGAUGUAGCUGGUUUAUUAUCAUGGACGAAAGCUAUGGCUUUCUUUCAUAGUGUGAAUAAAGAAGUAUUGCCGUUAAAAUCGAAUUUGGUGUUACAAGAAGCGCGUUUAAAAGUUGCCAUGGCUGAUUUGGCUGCAGCUGAACGAGAAUUACAAGAUCGAGAAGAUGCUUUAUUGGAAGUGAAACAGCAAUAUGAUUCAGCUGUGUCAGAAAAACAACGCCUUAUGGAUGCUGCAAACAUAUGUUUAAGAAAAAUGAAUGCGGCAACAGCGUUAAUAAAUGGGCUAGGUGGUGAAAAGGUACGAUGGACCGAACAAAGCAAAGAAUAUAAAAAACAAUUAACACGUUUAGUGGGUGACGUUUUAUUGGCGGAUGGUUUUUUAUCAUAUUGUGGUCCAUACAAUCAACAAUACCGUUCAAGUUUAAUACAAACAUGGAUGAAGCUAUUAAACAAGCAUGCAAUACCAUAUACGUUAAAUUUAAAUAUAAUUAACAUGUUAGUAGAGAGUGCUACAAUAUCAGAAUGGACAUUACAAGGAUUACCAAAUGAUGAAUUAUCUGUACAAAAUGCGCUAAUUGUUACCAAAUCAAAAUCAUAUCCAUUAUUAGUUGAUCCACAAAGUCAGGGUAAGAUGUGGAUUAAAAAUAAGGAAUUAAAUAAUAAUUUACAAAUAACAACACUGGAUCACAAAUAUUUUAGGACCCAUUUAGAAGACAGUUUAUCAUUAGGCCGACCAUUAUUGAUUGAAGAUGUUGAUAUUGAAUUAGAUCCAGUCAUCGAUAAUGUAUUGGAGAAAAAUUUUAUUAAAUCUGGUUCAAUUGAAAAAGUAAUUGUUGGUGACAAAGAAUGUGAUGUUAUGCCUGGUUUUAUGUUAUACAUCACUACGAAAUUACCAAAUCCUGCAUAUUCCCCAGAAAUUAGCGCUAAGACGUCUAUCAUUGAUUUUACAGUAACAAUGAUUGGUCUAGAGGACCAAUUAUUAGGACGAGUGAUCUUAAUGGAAAAAACUGAUUUAGAAGCAGAACGUGUCGCUUUAUUUGAAUCAGUUAUAAAAAAUCAACGUAGUAUGAAAGAAUUAGAAUCGAAUUUAUUAGGACGUUUAAACUCAACUCAAGGUUCUUUGGUUGACGAUGAAACUUUAAUAACUGUUUUACAAGUGACAAAAACAACAUCGCAAGAAGUCAAUGAAAAAUUAAAAAUUUCUGCCGUAACAGAGAAAAAAAUUAUGAUUGCGCGUGAAGAAUUUCGUGCUGUGGCUGCCCGAGGAUCAAUAUUGUACUUUUUAAUUGUUGAAAUGUCUAACGUUAAUGUCAUGUAUCAAAAUUCAUUAAAACAAUUUUUACAAUUAUUCGAUAAUUCGAUAACCAAAAGUGAAAAAACAACAAUUACUGAAGAUCGAAUAAAUAUUAUACUGAAAUAUUUAACACGUGAAGUAUGGAGCUAUACGUUACGAGGAUUGUACGAACGUCAUAAGUCGUUAUUUACAUUAAUGUUGGCAAUGAAAAUUGAUUGUCAACGAGGUAAAAUAACGCAUAAUGAGUUUAUGGUAUUCAUAAAAGGUGGUGCAUCGUUGGAUUUAAAUGCUGUUCAACCGAAACCGUUUAAAUGGAUAUUGGAUAUUACAUGGUUGAAUUUGGUUGAAAUCAGUAAAUUGCAAAUAUUUAAUGAUAUUUUACACAAAAUUGAAACAAAUGAAAAAGAAUGGCGCUCAUGGUACGAAAAAGAGAAACCUGAAGAAUGCGAUAUACCCUGCGCGUAUAAUACAAGACUUGAUGUUUUUCGUCGAUUAUUAUUGGUGCGAUCAUGGAGUCCAGAUCGUACUUUAUCCCAAGCACGCCAUUAUAUAAUUGAUUCGUUGGGUACUGAAUAUGGUGAUUCAAAUAUACUGGAUUUGGAAGCAACAUGGUCCGAAUCUGAUGCCCAAACACCGUUAAUAUGUAUUUUAUCAAUUGGUUCCGAUCCAUCGCCACAAAUAACAUCAUUAGCCAAAGCAAAAGAUAUACCAUUACGGGCUGUGUCCAUGGGUCAAGGUCAAGAAGUACACGCUCGACGUUUUAUUGAUGAUGGUUUGGUCAACGGAGGUUGGGUUUUAUUACAAAAUGUACAUUUGUCAUUACCAUUUUGUACGGAAGCGAUGAAUUUAAUAUUGGACGCUGAUGUUAGCACUGUUCAUGAAUCAUUUCGUUUGUGGGUAACGACAGAGGUACAUGAACAAUUCCCUAUAGGUCUACUUCAAAUGUCUAUAAAAUUCACAAAUGAACCUCCGCAAGGUAUUCGAGCCUCCCUGCGUCGUACAUACCAAAGUAUCAACCAAGAUACCUUAGACUAUUCAACACAACCCCAAUGGCCUCCGUUACUAUACGCUGUAGCAUUCUUGCACACCGUUGUACAAGAACGUCGUAAAUUUGGUCCAUUAGGUUGGAACAUACCAUACGAAUUUAAUCAAGCUGAUUUUGCAGCGAGCGUACAAUUUAUACAAAAUCAUUUAGAUGAUAUGGAUCCAAAAAAAGGAAUAUCAUGGCCUACUGUAUGUUAUAUGUUAGGUGAAGUACAAUACGGGGGAAGAGUUACGGAUGAUUUUGAUAAGCGAUUGUUAACCACUUUCACACAUGUUUGGUUUUGUGAUAUAUUGUUACGUAAUGGAUUUGAAUUUUAUAAGGGAUAUAAGGUACCCAUAUCAAGAAAUGCGAAUACCUAUGUUGAGUAUAUCAAUUCGUUACCAUCUACGGACACACCUGAAGUAUUUGGUUUGCAUGCAAAUGCUGACAUUACAUAUCAAAUAAAUACAGCAAAAGGUAUAUUGGAUACGAUUUUAAAUGUACAACCUAAGGAAGGUGGUGGAGGCGGAGGCUCAUCUAAAUCAAAAAAUGAUGAUAGUGAUGCUGAAGAGGAAAAAGCAGAACCUGUAGUCGCUGAAACACGAGAAACAAUAGUAUAUAAAUUAGCUGAAGAUAUGUUACAUAAACUACCGAAACAAUAUAAUAGUUUUGAAGUGAAAGAUGCCUUGCAACGUAUGGGAGCUUUAUUACCAAUGAAUAUAUUUUUACGACAAGAAAUUGACCGUAUAAUGCGUGUUAUACAUGAAGUGCACAGUACAUUGUCUCAAUUAAAAUUAGCUAUUGACGGCACAAUUGUUAUGUCACAAAAUUUACGUGAAUCAUUGGAUGCUAUGUACGAUGCUAGGAUACCUACAAGAUGGCAAAAGAUAUCUUGGGAGUCGGCCACGCUCGGAUUUUGGUAUACAGAAUUAUUAGAAAGAGAUGCACAAUUUCGUAUUUGGUGUCUAAAUGGUAGACCAAAAGCAUUUUGGAUGACAGGUUUUUUUAAUCCACAAGGAUUUUUAACUGCAAUGAGACAAGAAGUAACAAGAGCACAUAAAGGAUGGGCGUUGGAUUCAGUUGUUUUACAGAAUGUAAUAACACGACAAAAUAAAGAAGAUGUUAAGGAAUCGCCUAAUGAAGGUGUAUAUGUUUAUGGCUUAUUUUUGGAAGGGGCUGGAUUAGAUCGUCGUUCGUCAAAACUAAUUGAGAGCAAACCUAAGGUACUAUAUGAACAAAUGCCAGUCAUAUAUAUUUACGCAAUAAAUACGACAGCUGGUAAAGAUCCAAAAUUGUAUGAAUGCCCUAUAUACCGGAAGCCACAACGUACGGAUCAAAAAUAUGUUGGAUCUAUUGAUUUUGAAACGGAUCAUAAUCCAAGACAUUGGACAUUGAGAGGUGUAGCUUUACUAUGUGAUAUUAAAUAA